UCUGAAGUGUAUUCUUCUCCGCCAGUGCUGAGGAGUUGUCUAGAGGAUGUUGAGACAGCUCAGGAUUCACAGGAUUAACAACAGAAUGCAUCCGCUGCUGUUCAUCUCCCUCUGCCUCAGUGUGUGUGGUUCUGUACUGGGUUCUGUGGUUCCUCCGUCAUGUGUCACUGUGUAUCGAGGCUUUGCUCAGUGUUUAGUGUCUCUGGGAGACGACAUGAACAGCCAAAGUGACAACAACCCCGACAUCGACUCCAUCUGCAGAUCCUGGGACGCCUUCGAGCGGUGUGUGAGCAGCGUGCUGUCCGAUUGCCGCGGUAACGAAGCAGAACUCUGGGAGUCUUUAAAGGCGGAGUCUCGGAGGACGCAGUUCUCGGGGAACCUUUACGAAAUGUGUGCCAGCCGCACCGUGACAUCUCCUCAGACCCCGCCCCCUACCGAUCAGACCAAUCAGGAGUCUCUGAAAGGCCGAGGUGUGAGCGGAGACCACGCCCAUUCUGUGUGCUUGCUCCUGGCCUGCAUGUUCUGUGUACUGAUUUGGUUUAUUUAGGAGAUAUCAGAAAGAAAAUCACAUAUUUUUAAAUCCUGGUGAAAAUAAACGUAUAAGAUUUAGAAUUGUUUUAUUAAUUAAUCUUGCUCUUAAGUCAGUAUUUAGUAGAUGCCUCUAAGCUGAUAAUUGUGUUUUAUUUUUUUAAACCCAGUGUAUAACAGUGACAGUGUGUCAGUCAAUAAAAACAAUUUAAUUCAA